GCCCCGGAAUGAAUACUGUGUUCAUGCGGUGUUGUAAAAAGUCAGAAGUCCGUGAUGAACAAACCGUCCGAAUGUUAAGUGAAGACAGCAUCCAAGUGUGCCCUGAGUCACUUGCCUCACCCUAAAUCCAGCCCUGCUGGGAGCCUCCCACCCCCAGCCUCCCUGCCCUUGGGCAAAUCCCCCAAAAUCCCCUGGGGCUUCUUGGCUCUUUCCAGCUAAGGUGGGGGAGGUGGGAAUGUGACCUGUCCCCGGGGUUUCCUUGAGUGUCCGGGGCGGCACCGCGUCUGUAGGGGCUCAGCCUGUCCCUUGGCGUCCCUAUGGCUCAGAGAAGGUCCCGCAGGAGGGACUGCCCUCCCUGGUCUCCGUGGCCUGGAGAGUGGAGCACUGGCCAGGGUGGAUCCCCACCCCUGCAGUCGGUCGCCGGAAGGAAGGACUUGCAGUCAGGCUGUUGUGGGAAAGGCCACAGGGGCUCCACUUCUCUCUUUCGAGGCCUCCUCUCCCGCCCCCUUGCCCAGGGCCUCCAGAACCUCAUGCCCAACCCAGCUGUGACAGGUGAAGGGACCAGGGCUCCUCCACCAUCCCCGCGCAGCUCUCUGCUGGCUCCACAAACCGCCCAGGGAGUCAGACCCAGGGAAGGGAAAGGGGGGGCUUUGACCAGGGGCUGCACGACCACCUCGGGUGGGACCCAAGGCCCCUGCCUCCCCGAGGUGCUCCCGGCCUCAGCUCCUGACAGCAGAGCCCACGGACUCAUGGCCUCAAGACUUCUCCUGGUGCUCGCCCUCUGGGUGGGCUGCUCACCCUGCAGCGGGAGAGAAGCAGCCCCCACCCAGCCCAGGGUGCGGUGCUGGGCCCCUAGGUACCCGAUUGCUGUGGAUUGCUCCUGGACCCUGCUGCCCACUCCACACUCCGCCAAGCCCACGUCCUUCAUUGCCUCGUACAGGCGCGGCGUGGCUGCCCACGGGGAGAGCCAGCCCUGCCUCCAGCUGACCCCUGAGGCCACCAGCUGCACCAUCCCAGAUGUCCAGCUGUUCUCCAUGGUGCCUUAUAUACUCAACGUCACAGCGGUCCAGCCCUGGGGAAGCAGCAGCAGCUUCGUGCCCUUUGUUCCCGAGCAUAUCAUCAAACCAGACCCUCCCGAAAGCGUCCGCCUGCGCCCCCUCCCUGGGCAGCGGCUGUGGGUGCAGUGGGAACCCCCCCGGUCCUGGCCCUUCCCAGAGAUCUUCUCACUCAAGUACUGGAUCCGAUACAAGCAUCACGGAUCGGCCCGCUUCCGCCAGGUGGGGCCUAUUGAAGCCACAUCCUUCACCCUCAGGGCUGUGAGGCCCCAAGCCAAGUACUGCAUCCAGGUGGCUGCUCAGGACCUCACCGACUAUGGGGAAGCAAGUGACUGGAGUCUCCCUGCUGCUGCCUCCAAGCCCCUGGGCAAAUAGUGGGGCUUCCCAGCCCCCCCCACCGCCCAGAAGAGGGGCUGGGUCCUUGACAUCCGCCCCCCACUGCCACCCACUCAAGGACGGACGGGAUCCAUCUGGCCUGGGUUCACUGCUGCUGAGUCGCUGCGCAACACUGGACAAGUGACUUUGCCUUUCUGAGCCUGUUUGUCAAUCUGUGAAAUGGGGAUGCACUUCUCCCUUAGGCCGCAGUACAGCGCUCUGUGAACUGUGAACUUCUAAUGUUUUUUAUUGUUUAACUAAAAAAAGAUUUUUGCUGGAAUCAGGA